ACAAUAAUCUUACAAGCUUUUAAACGAGGUCACCAUUUCCCAUGCUGUAGGAUGGAAUGGCCCAAGUCUCUUCAGUUGACAGCUGCUUUGACGACAGGUGUGGGGUUUGGGCUGUUCCUUGGGUUUCUAUUGAGUAGUAGGAGGCGAGUGUCAGCUCUGUCAGGACCCUCUGGACACACUAGUGGCAAGUCGUUUCUAUCACACUCCCGGGUGAGUGGCGAGCACAAGAUGGUGUUUGUAGUGAGGAACGAUCUGAAGAUGGGCAAGGGGAAGAUUGCUGCUCAAUGUAGUCAUGCUGCUAUCGGAGCAUACAAGCAACUGAUGAGUACCCAACCUGAGGUAGUCAGUCACUGGGAGAACACAGGGUGUACAAAGGUCGUUGUCAAGGCUCCUGACGAGCAAACAUUACUGGAUGUGAGGCAACAUGCUAGGGAGUUAGGUCUCAAUACUCACGUUGUGAGGGAUGCUGGACGCACUCAGAUCGCACCAGGCUCUAAGACAGUGCUCUGUAUUGGACCAGGUCCAGUGGAAAAGGUGGACACGACAACAGGACACCUUAAACUGUUAUAGCCGUAGAAUAUAAUAAUAGUAUAUACUACAUGUAUUUAUUUUGUGACUUUUUUAUGUGAAUUUUACAUUGGAAAGAAUAUUAAUAUUAACAAAACACAA